AUGAAAUGGUUAAACGCGUCAGAAGGAGGAUUCAGACUAAUAUGGGAACAAAAAGAGUUUAUCGAGGGCAUCGGUAAUGAGGUGUUAAUAUGCGCACUUUCUCUGGGAGGGAUUUUAUUAUGUGUUGGAUUUCGAUUGUACAGUCACGGUUUUCGUAUUCUUUCGCCAACAUCAAACACUCAUAAUCAGUCCAUGAACUCGAAUUCUGAUGUAGUGGAAAGUACUGAAAAUGCAGAUUCUGAUGAGGGUGCCGUUGCAUACCACACUGGAGUCCUGGAUACGGAUUAUAUGGAGUCCCUGCGCGAUAUCAACCAUCAUCUGGAUACCGAUGUAUCGGAGGCAGAAGCAAGUUCUAUGGGGAAGACAAGGGAGGAUAACGAAAGAGAGUUACGGGCGGCAAGAGCACAGGGCAAUAUUGUUCUACGCCUGCAGUACCUCAAUGAUCGAGUGCGCUACGUACAUGCUCCUCCCGAAAUGCCAGUUCUUCUUUUUAAGCGAAAGUUUUUCGCCGACGAGUUGGAACGACAGCACAAGAGCGUGCGCCUGAUAUUCCAGGGUCGCGAGUUGAAGCCUCCAGCAGUCGCCUCCCGUGAUAGCCCCUCGCGUCGCCGUCUCUGUGACUACGGUGUCUCCGACAACGCCACUAUCCACUGCCUCAUUAGCGAUGCUCCUCCCCAUCCUACGCCAUCUUCAUCUUCUACGCCGGCGGACAGAAUUGCCUCUGCUACCGGUUCGGUGUUACGACCGAACUUCUCUGCACCCGAAGAUUUGGAUUUCGGGAGCCAUGCAAUGAUGCCCCUUUUCGCCUUCCUCCUCACCUCUGUGUGGAUCUUUCGCUUCGCUCAUGCAGAAUACUUUAGCCUCGUGUCAACCGUUGCCCUUGUCUGUCUUUCGGCGCUCUUUGCUGGAGCGGUGUUCAGUUCUGCCACAGUUAAUCGAAGGCGUACUGCGGAGCGGUCCUCUGUUGCAGCGGGAGACGCGAUACAGACGUCAUAG